UGAGGAGUGAAAGGUGAGCCUGCUGAAAGAGGGGACGCGGUGCCCGGCGCCCCCCGUCUAUGGAGAGGGCUAAGAUGGCGGAGGCAGAGAGCUUGGAGUCGGCGGCGGAGCACGAGCGGAUCCUGCGAGAGAUCGAGAGCACCGACACGGCCUGCAUCGGGCCCACGCUCAGAAUUGUAAUCUCUUAUGUCUCCAAUUUAAAUUACUUGAAUUCCAUAAAACUGUGAAAAGCUGAUUCUUUACCGCUUAGUCACAUCCUUCUGCUUGAUCCCUUUCCUAGGACCAUCAGUCUCUUGUGUGCAGACAGAUGCCCUGAAGGUCUGUCUAUGAUGGUGAAGAACAUGGACGAUUCAUGGAGAAGCUUGAAACACGCAUUCGCAAUCAUGACCGAGAAAUUGAGAAAAUGUGCAACUUUCAUUACCAGGGCUUCGUUGACUCUAUUACUGAACUGCUGAAAGUGAGAGGAGAAGCCCAGAAACUCAAAAAUCAAGUGACGGAUACUAAUAGAAAACUGCAACAAGAGGGAAAAGAACUGGUGAUAGCAAUGGAAGAGCUGAAGCAGUGUCGACUACAACAAAGAAAUAUUUCUGCCACUGUUGAUAAGUUAACUCUGUGUCUUCCAGUCCUAGAGAUGUACAGCAAAUUGAGAGACCAGAUGAAAACUAAAAGGCAUUAUCCUGCACUGAAAACUCUGGAACAUCUAGAGCAUACUUAUCUGCCUCAAGUAAGCCACUAUCGAUUCUGCAAGGUGAUGGUGGACAACAUCCCCAAGCUUCGAGAAGAAAUAAAGGAUGUUUCUAUGUCUGAUCUCAAGGAUUUCCUGGAGAGCAUCCGCAAACAUUCAGACAAAAUUGGAGAGACAGCCAUGAAGCAAGCUCAGCAACAACGAAACCUGGAUAAUAUCGUCUUGCAACAGCCCAGAAUAGGUAGCAAGAGAAAAUCUAAGAAAGAUGCAUAUACGAUCUUUGAUACAGAGAUGGAAAGCACUAGCCCCAAGUCUGAACAGGAUUCAGGAAUUCUGGAUGUUGAAGAUGAGGAAGAUGAAGAGGUACCUGGAGCCCAAGAUUUGGUGGAUUUCUCUCCUGUUUAUCGCUGUCUACACAUAUAUUCUGUCCUGGGUGCCCGGGAAACAUUUGAGAACUACUAUCGAAAACAGAGGCGAAAACAGGCCAGAUUGGUGCUCCAGCCCCCGUCAAACAUGCAUGAAACUUUAGAAGGCUACAGGAAAUAUUUUAAUCAAAUCGUAGGCUUUUUUGUGGUUGAAGAUCACAUUUUACAUACAACCCAGGGCUUAGUAAAUAGAGCCUAUAUUGAUGAAUUAUGGGAAAUGGCACUUUCAAAAACCAUUGCAGCACUCCGUACCCACUCGUCUUACUGCUCUGAUCCAAACCUUGUGUUAGAUUUGAAGAACCUCAUUGUGCUUUUUGCUGAUACACUCCAGGUGUAUGGUUUUCCUGUAAAUCAACUUUUUGACAUGCUAUUAGAAAUCAGAGACCAGUACAGUGAAACACUGCUGAAGAAGUGGGCAGGCAUUUUCAGAAGCAUACUUGAUUCUGACAAUUAUAGUCCCAUUCCAGUAACAAGUGAAGAUAUGUAUAAAAAAGUGGUAGGACAAUUCCCAUUCCAAGAUACGGAGCUGGAAAAGCAACCAUUCCCAAAAAAGUUUCCUUUCUCUGAAUUUGUGCCAAAAGUUUACAGUCAAAUUAAAGAAUUUAUCUACGCUUGUCUGAAGUUUUCAGAAGAUCUUCAUCUAAGCUCUACUGAAGUUGAUGACAUGAUUCGUAAAUCAACAAACCUGUUGCUUACUAGGACUCUGAGCAACUCUCUGCAAAAUGUCAUUAAAAGGAAGAACAUUGGACUUACUGAGCUUGUUCAGAUUAUUAUCAAUACAACACAUUUGGAGAAGUCCUGUAAGUAUUUGGAAGAAUUUAUCACCAAUAUCACUAAUGUGCUUCCAGAAACAGUCCAUACCACUAAGCUCUAUGGCACCACAACUUUUAAGGAUGCUAGGCAUGCAGCUGAGGAAGAGAUUUAUACAAAUUUAAACCAGAAAAUUGACCAGUUUCUACAGCUGGCAGACUAUGACUGGAUGACAGGAGAUUUGGACAACAAAGCUAGUGAUUACUUGAUAGACCUCAUUGCCUUUCUGCGCAGCACCUUUGCUGUGUUCACACAUCUUCCUGGAAAGGUGGCUCAGACAGCGUGUAUGUCAGCUUGCAAGCAUUUAGCCACAUCCUUGAUGCAACUUUUGCUGGAGGCUGAAGUAAGGCAGCUCACCUUAGGAGCUUUACAGCAGUUCAACCUGGAUGUCAGAGAAUGUGAACAGUUUGCCAGAUCCGGCCCGGUGCCUGGGUUCCAGGAGGACACGCUGCAGUUGGCCUUCAUCGACUUGAGACAACUUUUGGAUCUCUUCAUCCAGUGGGACUGGUCCACCUACCUUGCUGAUUAUGGCCAGCCCAACUGCAAGUACCUACGGGUAAACCCUGUAACAGCUCUGACGCUGCUUGAGAAGAUGAAGGAUACUAGCCGCAAGAACAACAUGUUUGCACAGUUUCGGAAAAAUGAGCGAGACAAACAGAAGUUGAUUGACACUGUGGCCAAACAGCUUCGAGGACUCAUCAGCAGCCACCACUCGUGAAGGCUGGCCUCAGCUUUCAGUGGCUACUUCCUGCAGCUCCACAUUCUAGGAUCCAGCUCAAGCUGGCACUGCUUUUGUGCAUUCUUCUUCAAAGAGAACAUAUGUAUUUUUUUAUUAACCCUGUACAGUAUUCACAUAAUCUUUUCCUGAUAAAAGAGACAUAAGGAUAAGCAAGUACAUAAAAUUUUGCUAGGUGGGGACUUGGAAGGUUAUUUCUACACUGUAUCAUCCUAGAAAAAGUGGUAUCAUCAUUCCAAAUGUGAUGAACCACUACUCAUCCAUGGUUCUACAGUUUAGUGCUGGAGCCCAGGAACUAGCCAGAAAAGUGGGUGCUUUUUUUGGGAGGUAAGAUGAGUAACCAAAAGGAUGAUAAAAUAUAUCCUGUUUACUCCUGAGUGCCCAUUUACCACCUACAUGAGGCUGAUCCUGCCUUGUGCAAGGAAAGGGGCCUAUCAAACAUUACUAUUUAAUGCACUAAAGACAGUUAAAGUGUCCAUCUCUCGUCUGCUGACUUUCAUUGACUGGUAAACAAGCACGGCUUGUGGUAAGGUGACCACUUGACUUCAGUCUCCCAAGGAUGUAGUUUUUUAGCCCUGAUCUGACCCAGGGAUUUUCCUGCUUAUUUUUGUAUUGACAGGAUAAACAGCAGUACCAUUGGAUCACACGAUUCACUGCUCUCACCUUGGGAGUGUUGGGUCUCAGCCUAGGGUGUUUUUCGGGAAAAAGCAAAUGGUUUGAACUAGAGCCCUAGUCCUUUUCCUCUUUACCUUAUUCUCUUCUAUUAUGGUCAGAGCACUUGGUUCAAAAUGUAGGUGAACAGUUAUUUCUGUAGAUUCUCACAGAAAGAGUCACAACUUGCUUCCAGCCAAUACCAUUGAGAUUGGUCAGAUCUCAGAAGCCUAAAAGUAGCCCUUCCUUUAUCCUUACAUAAAACCCAAGGAUUACUUAAAAUGUUCAUUUCUGUUUAAAAACAACUUUCUGGCUACUAUCUUUAAAGGAAAUGUCACUUGCUCUGCAUGGAGGCAGCCAUGGCUGGACUAGGGAAGAAAGCACUGCCACAGUAGACAGGGCCAACUGUGGCUAGAGGUGUGUUGCCUCUGGCCCAGUUGCAAUUUUUACUUGAUUAUAUAUGGGACACAAAGCUAUUCUUUGUCAAGCCCAUGGCUUCCAUUCUUUUUUGAGACCCAUUCCCAAAGCCACUUUUUGGACUCAUCUGAGAAUAAUUACCUGUAACCCUGUCCCCCAAACUCUGGAGUCUAAACUAACUUAACUAGGAGGCUGUAUCUAUUGUAACAGAUGGACUCUGGAGCCUUGAGGUAAGGGCCUGCACUAAGAUCAGUUAGAGGAAUUGACACUUUCAGACACUUCACAAAGAUGCUACUACAACUACUGGUAAUAGUAUACUUGUACAUCACCAUACAAUGACCAAUAGGCCAUGUGGGAAUUUCCAGAUUGGAUUAGUGGGAAGUGAGACUUACCAAACAGAAUUUUGCACAAUUUUUAUCAGCUAUUGAGUUGCAUCUGAGAAGGGAAGUGCUUCCUUUUCCUUUUUCAUUUCCCAGCCUCUGCCAUUAUCAUCAUAUCUUGAAAACCAUAGAAAAGAAAAUGUACAUUCUAUGGGUAGCGCUCUUCAAAGCUGGAACAACGAGGCUGCAGCCAAGUUCUGCAAAAGCAUGUAACACUUAGCCUAUGGGCUAGGCAGUUGGCCCUGGGUUUUAGAAAGAAGGUUAGGGUUUUAAAAACUUGAUAAGCCAAAGGAAGGCAGGGGUCCAUAAGAAUGAGACCCAAGAGAUUCCAAGCCCUGAACUUUGCUGCAAAAAGUGAGAAAUGGUUACACUAAUCUGAAGUCCUAUUACUUGAGAAGAACCCUAAAUAUCCUCCCCUUCUUUACUAGUACUCAGUUUAUUAGAAGAUCUCUUCAGCUUUGUAUGCUGAGACUUUGAAUGGAUUGGAAUGGAUUUCAAGCAUGGCACUGCAUUCAUACUGCUAGAGUCAUCGCUGCUGGUCUACUUACAAAACUGCCCUGGACGAACUGUACUAUAAAGGAAAAGGUGAACAGCAUGGAGAAAUAGGGGCUACAUUACACUUUGACACUAAGUCCUGCUACAAGAAAAGCUUGUUCAAGCACAAGACUCAUAAGGAUGGACCCUUGGGUGUGUCUCGUCUUCCUUCUCCAUCUGCCUUUACUCCUCCCUAACAAAGCAAACCAACAUGCUGCUUCUGAGUGUAUAUAGAGACAUGCCCUUAGUGGCCCAGGAAAGGUAAAAACAGAGACCAUCAAUGUUAGGGGGUUUUGAAUUGGUGAAGUGGGAGUUUCUUAGUUUUGUCUGCAGCUCUAUAGCUGAGCUACCACUUGAAAAGACUUACGUGAAGUAUAUGUGUUCAUGACACUCGCACUCCUCAUAUCUGGCCUCACAUGCCUACCUAUAUACCCCAGUGCCCCAGAGAGCAAAAACUUAAGCCUUCUGCCUUCUGGUCACUAUGAACCUUUGUCCAUGUACCUAAAAAACCCAGAUCUAUGUUUCUAAAGAGAUUCUGGCUUGGGACCCCCUGUGGGUUUCAGUAGUAAUACAGACAGCUUGUGUAGUUUUAACACUUAUAGCAAAGUCUCUUUGAGCAGACUGGGUAAUAUUAUUGCAGGUGGGGAAGAACGAGAAGACCUGGAAUUAGAACCAGCAAAAUCACCAUUGGCAAAAGGAAUGUACAGCCCAUAGGGAGUAUUCCUGGUGAUUUUAUUGUAUACCAGACCAGUCUCCCUGCCCUCAAAGUCAUCUAGCUUUGCUGCAUACUUGACAAGUGCUUGCUUAUCAAGUCCUAGACCCAGGGAAGGAGUGGCAUUGGCCAGUGAUCUUCCUCAGGUCUGUGAAUACUCUCUGGGGGCUGCUUCAGAAAUUCCUCUACCUGAGUCUCCCUUCUCCAAGGACUUGUCUUACUGCUUCAAUUGCCUCUUUUCUUUCUUUUCUUUUCUUUUUUUUUCUUUUGUUUUUUCCAUUCUUUUUCUAUUUCCUUCCUCUUCUUUGUUUGCUUGCACUUGCAAUGAAUUUUUCACUGAUAUGUUGGAAAUGGCCUUUUUAUUUUGCACAAGUAGUUACACGUUUAUGGGGAAAUUUUAGUGAUGUCUGUUUUUAACUCUAAAGGGAACAUUUUCUUUAAAACUUUCUGGUAAAGCUACUGAUGCAAAUGGGCCACGUGGUUAGGGGAAAGCGCCUCUAUGGAAAGAGCAUGUUUAUUCCUCUUGUACAUUUUCCUCUUUUAAUUGCUAUUAAACGAGAAAGCCUUCAUACCUGUUUCAAAAGCUA